CGGCCGACCCGCGGGUCCCGCACAGUGACUGAGGAACCUGUGGUUUGUCGGCGGAGUGCCUCGCUGUUUGCUGGCCGAGGCACGGGCUGAGACACGCCCUGUCUGUGGUGUGAGACACGCCCUGUCUGCGAGCUGAGACAUACCACAUCGAAGCUCGAUAGCCACGUCGACCACAGACGCCAGGUCGGCCUGUGGCGCCGCCCGAGUCGAUCUCAUCGCCACCAUGGAUUGCACCAAGUGUGUAAAGAAGGUAAAGCACCAACGUGACCUGCGGGUCAAGAUGGUGACCUCUCCAAAGAAGACGAGUCAGGUUGUUCGGUUCACCGAAGGAGUCAGUGCCGAGGAGCUCACUCAGCCCGGGCUGAAGACCAAUGGUAGCAGCACGGGAGUGAGGAUGUUCCAUCGCCUGCCGAAGUCGCAGCCGAUCAAGAUCGAGUUCGAUGACCUGACCUACACCGUGGCGGCCUCACGGCGCCGGGGUCAGGUCACCAGAGAGCGUAAGACCAUUCUGGACGGUGUUACGGGCGUGUUUCGGCCGGGUCAGCUGACUGCCAUUAUGGGACCGUCGGGAGCGGGCAAGUCGACCCUGCUCAACAUUCUGGCGGGCUACCGGGUCCGGAACGUCGAGGGCUCUAUCCGAGUGAACGGUACCGCCAGGAGUCUGCAGACGUUCAGGAAGAUUCAGGCGUACAUUAUGCAGGACGAUCACCUUCUGCCCCACCUCAGCGUCGACGAGGCCAUGAUGGCAGCGGCUAACCUGAAACUGGGUCCCGGCUUCACACACCACGGUCGGCGGCAGGUGAUUGAUGACGUCCUGGAGGCUCUCGGCCUCUCCUCGAGCCGCUCCACACGCUGCGUCCGCCUCUCUGGAGGACAGAAGAAGCGUCUCUCCAUCGCCCUAGAGCUGCUCAAUAACCCACCCGUCAUGUUCUUCGAUGAACCUACCAGUGGCCUGGACUCCAACUCGUGUUCGUCCUGCGUCUCGCUGUUGAAAACUCUGGCUGAGGGCGGCCGGACCAUCAUCUGCACCAUCCACCAGCCGUCCAGCCGGCUGUUCCAGCAGUUCGACCAGCUCUACAUCCUGGCCAGGGGCAGCUGCAUCUACCGCGGCACACGACCCAACCUGGUGCCGGCCCUGGCGGCUGCCGGGCUCCACUGUCCCGGCUUCCACAAUCCAGCAGACUUCGUGAUGGAGGCCGCCAGUGGAGAGUACGGCGAUUGGAUCACCACUCUGGUGGCCGCCUCACGGAACGGCAAGUCGACACAGUGGACGGCCGCCGACGGCUCCCCGGCGGCACAGCGCUCACUGCAGGACACCUGCCAUAGUACAGAUGAGACCCAGCCUGGCGGCACAGACAGUAUAUCCAACGGCGCUGCUGCUGCCGUGGCGCCCUCUGGAGCCGGGUCCGCCCUGACAGAGCCCGCCAGCGGCGAGCCCUCUGUGGCCGCAGCAGGAGAGCCGGGCAGCAGCAGCCUGCUGCUCGGGGAAGCGGAGACUGGCGCCGUGGUCGUCAGCGGCGCCAGUCAGCGUCUGGACGCCGGCAGGGAGCCGUUCACCACGUCUGCCACGACUCAGUUCUGUGUGCUGCUCAAACGGACGUGCCGCUCCAUCAUCAGAGACCGGAUGCUGACCAUGUCUCGGCUGGCGUCGCACGUCCUCUUUGGGCUGAUGAUCGGUAGUCUGUACCUGGGUAUCGGCAACGAGGCCAAGUCUGCCUACAACAACGCUGCGCAGCUGUUCUUUGCCGUCAUGUUCCUGCUCUUUGGCGCCCUCAUGUCCACCAUCCUCACAUUCCCUCUGGAGAUGUCGGUAAUGAAGAAGGAGUAUAUGAACUGCUGGUACUCGGUCAAAUCGUACUACCUGGCCAAAACGGUGGCCGACCUACCCUUUCAGAUCGUCUUCCCACUCAUCUAUGACGUCAUCGUCUACUUUAUGACGUCACAACCGAUGGAGCUGGACCGGUUCUGCAUGUUCUGUCUGAUGACCAUCCUCACUGCACUGGUGGCUCAGAGCGUCGGUCUCGUGAUCGGCGCGUUCUGCGAUAUACAGCUGGCCGUGUUUCUGGGACCGAUCACGAUGAUCCCAAUCAUCCUAUUCUCGGGCUUCUUCGUCAACCUGAGCACGGUGCCGGUGUGGUUGUCGUGGCUCUCCUACCUCUCCUACGCGCGUUACAGCUUCGAGGGUCUCAUGCUGGCCGUCUACGGCUUCGACCGCGAGGACAUGCACUGUUCAGUGCCGUUCUGCCACUACAGGAGUCCCAAGAAGUUCCUCAAGGAGCUGGACAUGCUGGAGUCGGACUACUGGACGGAUGUGCUGGCGCUGAGCGUGAUGACCGUGCUGCUCCGGCUGGUCGGCUACUUUGUCCUCCGCUACAAACUGAAGCUGGAGCGGUGAUGAGGUCCGUCAGUUAACGGUGGUGGGCCCUUGCGGCCGUCCCCUCCCCAUCAGGGGACCCGAGAUAGGUGGUCUCGGUCCGCGCCGGCCGGCCGACCGGGGUGGGUGGGACGAGACGGUGUUGAAUUACGAUCGUCUGCGGGGGACGGGAUCUCACGGCCGCCCGCACGCUCCUCCCCACUGGGCGGGGGAGGGGACUCGGCGACCAAUCGGCCGGCUGACCGGCGUCCCGUCGUAGUACUGAGAGUAAACAGCAUACUUGGCGGCCGGUGGGCAGAGGACAUUGGACAGAGCAAUCAUCCGAACAGCCAAUCAGGGCCGCGGCGGGCGUGGCUUCUUAUCAGGAGAUGAGUGUUCAGCAGCGCCAGCGAGCGAGUGUUCCUGCUGAUGACUGGGUCUUGUACAGCUCAUAGUUCCAAGUAAUAUCAAACUCAGCUUGCCGGGACUUUUUCAUGGUGCCAUCUCGCGGCGUUUUUAUCACAGUGAUCCGGCGAAUGGUCUGCUGAGUGUGGUGCUUCAGCUGUUGAAGCCUGAGCUUGUUGACAUGGCCUCUUUUCAGUCCUUGUAAAGAUGACAGGGGCGCCCCGGGACGGCGUUUCUUAUCGCUCUCAUAUGGGGCGUCCUGGCUCCACAUGUCUGGCCAACGCUCAUCUGUCCUUUUUCCCCCUCUCUCUCUCUCUCUCUCUCUCUCUCUCUCUCUCUCUCUCUCUCUCUCUCUCUCUCUCUCUCUCUCUCCCUCCUUCCCUCUCCUCUCCCGUCACUGUGAUACUCAAACGCUGGUGGGAAGGAUUGACUGCGGCCUCCUUCGAGAAGGUGCGCGUUCAUUUUACGGCGUUGACGCGAUCUGCGCUCGCGUCAGUCAGCUAAGCGCUGUGUAUGUAUAGAUCAUUUAUCUGUUAUUUCCGCAUGAUAUGAGCCGUGCGGAUAUUGCUGUUUGGAUUUGAAUAAGACGUCCCUUCUAAGCGGGACGGAGUUGGAUCUAAGGGUGACUCGGUGUGAAAGCCGUUUUUUGCCCCCACACUGUGACGAGCCUUGUAUGGGCAAGAGCGUUUGUGAUGCCCUCUGUAGGAUGUCAGAGCCUGAACUGGAACGACAAAGUCAUCCAAGCUAUCGUAGAGCUGGUUUGUGAUCGGAUAUGGCGCUAGUUUUGUACCAAGUUACAUAGCACGGUACAAAUGAAAAAGAACCUGUACGAUUCUCUUGGUUUAAUGUAGGUUAUUUUACAGAUGCUUGUACUUCCCUAUUGGGACAAUAAGUAGGUUUGUGCGUAUACCCAUAUAUCGUGAUUAGUUCGUUCAUUUUCAGCGCGUACGUUUUCAUAUCGAUGCCGAGUGCGAGAAAUGUGAUCCAUUUUCGCUGCUGCAUCUGUGUGAUUGAGGCUCGAGUGUUCAUAUGUGUUAAUCGUUAAUCGCCCGUUUAGUCUUUGUAGCCUGUAGGCACCGUUGAGCAAUUCCAAAGGUAGCACCAAAUACCGGCGCCGGACGACUGCCGGCAUAUACAUACGGUCGUGAAAUAAACAUGGAAUACCGUAA